AGGAGACGCGCCGCCAGUGAAGCCGCCGCCGCCGAGUAGCUGCACCAGGACCGCCCGCAGCAGCAGCAGCCCCCGCCCCGGCUCCCACCCUCUCACUGCCCACCCCCCCGGGCCCGGUAGCCGCUGCCCGGCGCUGGGCUGUGGACUGUGGGCUGGCCCGGCCCAUGUUGGCCCGGCCGCUGCCGGCAGCCGCCACCCGCCUCUACAUGGAGUCGCUGCCCGACGCCCCACUGACUUCCUCCCGUACCCGGAGCCGCACAUGAGCCUGAGCCGCAGCGCCCGCCCGGGAACGGAGCUAUCCCUGCCCGACACACCGACACACAGCGGCCGCUGCCUCCCCGCCGCCGCCGUGUGUAUGAGAAGGCCGCCGGGCCGCGCCGCCGCCGCCCCGGGAGGAGAGGGGCAGAUCUCGGGCUGAGCGGGCAGCAUGCCCCGGAGGAAGCAGCAGGCGCCCCGGCGCUCGGCAGCCUACGUCCCAGACGAGUUGAAGGCGGCAGCGCUGGAUGACGAGGAGACUGAGGCCAGCGAGUCUGGUGCGGACGGAGACAGCAACUGCCAGUAUGCAUGCGACGAGCAGGAGUUCAGCAAGGAAGCUACGACCUUCCACGACUCUCCGACAGCAGAGUUCUCCGGCCAGGAGGUGGACAGCACGUCACAUGCCAGCGAGAGCAGCGACCGGCUGGGCGACUUUGAGAGCCACUCGGUGAAGAACGAGGAGGAGAGUAAAGAGGGUGUCGGGGCAGUGGAGGAGGGGGGAGUGCAGGACAGCCUGGAGCAGAUGAAGGUCAUCUACAACAACAUCUUGUCCAACUCCUACUGGUCCUCACUGAGCCUGGGACUGAGCCAACCCGGACAGCCGCUGACUAACGGCGGCAGCAGCAGCAGCAGUAGCAGCAGCGGUGGCAGUAGCUGUGAGAGUAACAGCUUUGACUGGCACCAGUCUGCCAUGUCCAAGACAUUACAACAAGUGUCCCAGAGCCGCUUCCUACAGGAGCCUGGGCUGUUCAGCACAGUACAGUUGUACCGCCAGAGUAGCAAGCUGUAUGGUUCCAUCUUCAGCGGGGCCAGCAAGUUCCGAUGUAAGGAUUGCAGCGCUGCCUACGACACGCUGGUGGAUCUCACGGUGCACAUGAACGAGACGGGACAUUACCGGGACGAGAACAACGAGACAGGCAACAACAACCCCAGGAAGUGGUCCAAGCCCCGCAAACGCUCGCUGUUGGAAAUGGAAGGCAAGGAGGAUGCCCAGAAGGUCCUCAAGUGCAUGUACUGCGGACAUUCGUUCGAGUCGCUGCAGGAUCUGAGUGUGCACAUGAUCAAAACCAAACACUAUCAGAAAGUGCCUCUGAAGGAGCCGCUGACCACCAUCUCGGCCAAGAUCCUGCCCUCCAGCAGGAAGAGGCUAGCGCUGGAUCUGGAGCUGCCCAGUUCCCCAGACUCCACGGGCGGCACGGCCAACACCACCACCCUGUCGGACAUUGCUGACCCACUGCACAAGUCGGCUAACCCUUAUGUCACCCCAAAUAACCGCUACGGCCACCAGAACGGCGCCAGCUAUGCCUGGCAGUUCGAGGCGAGGAAGUCCCAGAUCCUCAAGUGCAUGGAGUGCGGGUCCUCACACGACACGUUGCAGGAACUGACCGCCCACAUGAUGGUGACCGGACACUUCGUCAAGGUCACCAACUCUGCCAUCAAGAAGGGCAAGCAGAUGGUGGAGGCGCCCCCCACCCCCACACCCGCCGUGACCUCCCUUCUGGAGGACAAGGUGCAGUCCGUGCCCCUGGCAGCCAGCGCCUUCACCGCCUCCAUGCCAACCCCCGGCAACGCCUCGCCCAAACUCAACCUCGACCUCAAGAGGGAAGCGGACAAGGACUCUGACAGCCAGGACUCCGACCAGAGGGCAAAGGAGAAGGUGAAAGCGUGCGGCAAUGAGGAGAAGUACGACAUCUCCUCCAAGUACCAGUACCUGACUGAGCAGGACCUGGAGGACAACCCCAGAGGCGGCCUGGACAUCCUGAAGUCUCUGGAGAACACGGUGACGUCGGCCAUAAAUAAAGCCCAGAAUGGGACCCCCAGCUGGAGUGGCUACCCCAGUAUCCACGCUGCCUAUCAGCUGCCUGGCAUCAUGAAGCUGCCCUAUAGCCCCUCGACCAAGCACACGCAGCUGAAAUCCACCUACACCACCUUGGACGGCGUGGUGUCCCCAAAGAGCCAGCCCCUGGUCUCUCCCCCCAACAGCCAGAACUCCCCUCUGCCCAAAAACAACUUCCACGCCAUGGAGAAGCUGGUGAAGAAGGUGAGCAAAAGCGAGGAGAGGGUGAAGGAGCCGGAGGCUAAAGCAUGCCGGCCCAAGCGGGGGGAGUCCAGCCCCUGCCACAGCGAGGUGGGAGAAACCAAGAGCGAGGCUUCCACAGAGCCUGGGCCUCAUGGCCACGACAGUCUUGCUGUUGGGCCGAAGCAGAGUGUGAGAGAGAGCCCAUCCGUGGAGCAGGUGGAGAAUGGCAGCGACACCUUGAAGCCAAUGUGUAGCAGCACGGCCAUUAUCACUGACCACCCACCCGAACAACCCUUCAUCAACCCACUCAGCGCCCUACAGUCGGUGAUGAAUGUCCACCUGGGUAAGGCAGCCAAGCCGGCCCUGCCCAGCCUUGACCCCAUGAGCAUGUUGUACAAGAUGAGCAACAGCCUGGCGGACAAGGCGGCUCUGGCCUCGCCCCUGGCCCCGGCCAAGAAAGCCGAAGCUGCUGACCGCUACUUCUACCACCACACCAGCAGUGACCAGCCCAUCGACCUGACCAAGGCCAAGACGGACAAAGGCGGCUCGCUGCUGGGGUUGUCGUGUGUGUCUCCGUCUUCCACAUCUUCCACAUGCACCUUGACCACCACGGCCAAGACCACGUCGGCGGCGGUCGUGUCGUUCAUGUCCAGCUCGCCGCUCCGUGAGAAUGCCCUGUCGGAUAUCUCGGACAUGCUGAAGAACCUGACGGGCAGCCACACGUCCAAGUCUUCCACUCCCACCAGCGGCUCGGACAGGUCGGAGGUGGAGGGCAGCACGGUGGAGGACAACGAGGACAUCUCUCCGGCCCAGAAGCGCAAGGGGCGACAGUCCAACUGGAACCCGCAGCAUCUGCUCAUCCUCCAGGCGCAGUUUGCGGCCAGUCUCCGGCAGACAUCCGACGGCAAAUUCAUCAUGUCUGACCUGAGUCCACAGGAGCGGUUGCACAUCUCCCGCUUCACCGGCCUGUCUAUGACCACAAUCAGCCACUGGCUGGCCAAUGUCAAGUACCAGCUACGAAGGACAGGUGGAACUAAAUUCCUCAAAAACCUCGACUCCGGACACCCCGUGUUUUUUUGUAACGACUGCGCUUCGCAGAUCAGAACUCCGUCCACCUACAUCAGCCACUUAGAAUCGCACUUAGGCUUCAGGUUACGGGACCUAUCCAGACUCUCGAGUGAACAGCUGGGCAGCCAGAUUACACACACCAAACUGCCCUGUGACAAGGCAGCAUUGCACCCCUCGCAUGACGAGGAGGGAGUGGGUGUCAGCUUCCAGUGUAAGUUGUGUAACAGGACCUUCGGCAGUAAGCACGCUGUCAAACUGCAUCUGAGUAAAACACACGGCAAAUCUCCAGAGGACCAUCUGAUGUAUGUGACAGAGCUGGAGAAACCGUAGCCUUCCUUCACUUUAGCCACCCCACCGCUCUGAGGACAACUAUCUCUCCCCCCCUCUCUCUAUCUCUCUAUCUCUCUCUGAAACGAAGCCUUAACGCUCCUGUAACGACACGGCACAUGAAUUAUUGCAGAGUAGCACUCUUAACUUGAACCGUUUUAUAUAAAACUGUACAGUGUUUAAUGGAAGCACGUGAUCGGCUGUUGUUACCGGCUGAUUACAAGGGGGUAAAAAAUGGUAAGUGUUUGGAAAUUUGUGUAAAUUGGGUUUUGUUGCUGGGCGCUGCUCAGAUGCAUUAAGCUGCAUGUGUAAUGGACAAUUUAGUUCAACAUUUAAUCCUCAGCCCGCUGCACUCUCACAUGCCACAGUGCUGCUAUCUCUCAGCCUUUAACCCUCUGAGCACUGCUCAAGUUCUUUGGCAUUACUUUGCAAAAACUAAUUCGAAAUAUAGACAAAAGGUGCAGGAGUAGGCCAUUCGGCCCUUCGAACUAGCACCGCCAUUCAAUACGAUCAUGGCUGAUCAUCCCCAAUCAGUACCC